CCGCUCACACCCCCCAGGACGGCAGAAGCAGAGCAGCUGCCAUGCACAUCCCUGAAAGCCUCCAGGACCUGGCUGACAGUGAAGCCGUGCAGUUUCUGAAGAGGCCAAAGACGAUCACCCGGAUCAUUGGAGGGGUCUUCUCCCUCAUCGUCUUCUCUUCCCUGCUGACCGACGGCUACCAGAACAAGACUGAGUCUUCGAAGCUCCACUGCGUCCUCAAUAGCAACAACGUGGCCUGCAGCUUCGCUGUGGGAGCCGGCCUCCUGGCCUUCCUCAACUGCCUGACCUUCCUCGCCCUGGACGCCCACGAGAGCUGCAUCGGCAACACCCGCUUCAAGACGGCCUUCCAGCUCCUAGACUUCAUCCUGGCUGUCCUGUGGACAGGCGUCUGGUUCGUGGGUUUCUGCUUCCUGGCCAAUCAGUGGCAGCGUUCGCCUCCCGAAGGCUUCCUCCUGGGAAGCAGCAGCGCCAAGGCCGCCAUCACCUUCGCUUUCUUCUCCAUCUGCAUCUGGAUAUUCCAGGCCUACGCGGCCCUCCACGAUCUCCGGAAUGAUACUUCCGUCCCUUACAAGCGCUCCCUGGAUGAGGGUGGCGUGGUGCUCACCACCCUCUCCCCACCUUCUGCCGCCAGCCCUGCUAACACGCCCACCACUGGCCCCAACAACCCAAGUUAUGCCAGUUCUGCCCUGCCCCCCUAUCUGACCACUCCGAAGGCCCCCCGCCUCGCUAUGAUGCCCGACAACUGAACAUCCUCCUCCACAUCAGUAAAGAGAUAAUCCUCCCUCC